GUAUUUAAAAAUAUAUAUAUAUUUUUGUUGUUGUUGUUGUUGUUGUUUUUUGUUCUAACUACUUUGUGGGUUGUUUUGAGGACUACAUAAGGUAAUAUACAGAAAGCACUUAGAACAAUGCCUGGCACUUUAUAAACAUUCCUUAAAGUUUAAUGAAUUUGUAUUAGAAUGAAAUUAUUAGAAUGAAAUUGUAACGAUGUUUAUCUUUCUGCUGUUCUAACGAUUUGGUUGCAUUCCAUCUAACCACUAGAAGAAUUUACUGUAAUCUAUUUUUUUUAGUUUCCAGUAUUAAGAAUCAGCCACAUAAUGCAUAAUUUUAUUUUUUGCUUUUUACAUUGGUAAUGCAGUCAUGAGAACAAAAAGUUGCCAUGGUCUCACCAGUUUCCACAUUUGCCAGUUUUUAUGCAGGCCUAAGCAGAAGAGUUAGGUGUGGGAGGAGGUAGACAGGAUGAGGAAUGAAAACUUAGCUGGGUGGGUCCUAAACAUUAAAGAAAUAUUUGACAGUAGCAAAUACUUAGCACAGGAGAGAAAGAAAAUACAUAAGACAUGGUUCCUCCCUCAAAGACUUCAUGAUCCACUGAGAUGUGAAGAUGGGUGCUAAAGUGUGUGUACCUGAUGAUGAAUUCAAAUCUCCUCAACAUUGCCCAGUGGGCCAAAAGGGACAUCGCCUAUGGUGAAAAAUAGCCACUAGAUGGCAGUGUCACUCCACAGUCACCUGGCCGAUGAUCCUAAAAUUACUUGGAUCUGUGAUAAAAAUAACAGAUUUAUUUCCAAGAAUGAUAAAGACAGCAGAUACCCUUUCACCUUUGUAAAAUUCAUUCUGCUAUUUGCAAGACCUAUCAUCUAAUAAAUUACCUUUAAUAAUGGAGAUGCAAGAAAGUAUCUCAUUCAAUUCCUCUAAAAAUUAACUAAUUUUGUAGUGUAAAAAUACACUAAUUUUGAAGUGUUUACCUAGCUUUGAAUUUUAGGUGUGCCUUUAAAGCAUUUACUAAAUAAAUCUAUUUUAAAACAUUUUAAUAGAAUAAAAUGGUGUUGAAGACAGCUUAAUAGAACCAUAGAAUAUUUAUCUUGUAAUAUAUACUGUUGUUAGAAUGUCUAAGGUAAACUGGGAAUAAAGCUAUAUGACUUCACCCUCAGUUUUACUGAGUUGAUGUAGUCUACUUUUGGGUACCUACUACAUAAAAAACAUGCUGCUACUUAAGGAACAUUGAAGGCAAGUAAACAUAGCUCUUAAUAGCCUGAGAUUUCCUGUGGUUUUCAGAACAAAUUAGUCAAAUGCACAAAUCUAAACAAAUGACCCAGUGUGUAAUCACGACAAUUUCUAAAAGAUGUUUUUGAGUAGCCAUCAAUUAGAAGUCAGUUUGCCUUAUCGGCAUGUAACCCUCAUGUUUUAAAACACCCGUACUGAAUAAUGAGCAAAAAUAAAAUAGAAGUGCACUGCUAAUACAGUCGAGACAUGUACUGUAAUUGCUAUUAAAACACUUUUGAGUCUGGGAGUUCCAAAUUUAAAUACUGGUUCUACCUUUCCCAAACUUAAAGUGCCUUCUGUAGCCUGUCUAACCUCACUUUUUUGAUUUGUGAAAUAAGGACAUUUAGUAGUGCCUGUCUUAGAGUUAUUGUAAAAAUUAAAUAACACCUGUAAGGAGCGUAGCACAGUGCCUGAUAACGUGCUGUAUGUUAGGAAGUACUGCUCAAAUGAUUUCAGGUUACCAAAAGAAGGAUUCCUGAGGAAUCUUCCCUAUUUCCAAGGUCAUUGAAUUUUGACCAUGAACCUUUCAGUUUUGUUUUAUCUGGAUGCACAAAUGCAUUGCUUGUAGGCUUUCAUCCUCUACUUGUUACUCCUAUUAAGUAAGUUUUUCCUACAUGAUAAUGCAGUUUAUACUUGUUUUAAAUAACAGACAUUGUUAGCCAUUGGUCUGUUCUUUGGUGCGUAGCUGGCUGGCUGUCUUUAAAAAAGCUUUCAAUAGAACCCUGUAGAUCUUUACAGGGUACUAAACAGAAGAUAAUCUGUCUUUUAGUCAUGUAUGCAAUAAGUUUUAAGAAACAGACGAAGAGUUACCUAAUUAAAGAACUUUCCUCGUAAACCUGCUGCCUUAGAAGUGUAUCAGACACUUCCACAAUGUGGAGGGAUGAAUUCAUCAGGUUCUCAGGGAAAGCACUACCCUGAGGUAUAGAUAUUUUCAAGUCACAUGCAAUAUUCUGGGUGGUUAAGGUUCACCAUCUCCACUGUUCUUCAUAUCUCUUCAGAAUAUCUCCAUAGAGAGCAUCAGACCAUAUCUUAGUUUGACCUUGAUUUGCUGUAUGAAGGUCUCAACCAUCCUAUGCAACUGUAGAAGGCUGGGAAUGAGGGGGGCCAAUGGUGAGGACACUGAGCCCAGAGAUGAGUAACUUCUUCAACGUCAUAGAGCUGCACAAAUUCAGUCCAGGACUGCAAGAAUUCAGGCAUGAGGACACUGUGCAGCAGGCUCACACAGGCAGACCCAAGAUGGACAGAACCUUGGAAUCCCUGAGACACAUCAUUGCCCAAGUCUUGCCUCACAGAGACCCCGCUCUAGUCUUCAAAGACUUGAAUGUUGUGUCAAUGUUACAGGAAUUUUGGGAAAGCAAGCAGCAGCAGAGAGCUGCAUUCCCAAGUGAAGGCGUGGUGGUCUAUGAGUCACUGCCGUCUCCAGGACCUCCCUUUGUGAGUUAUGUGACCCUCCCAGGGGGAAGCUGUUUUGGCAACUUUCAGUGCUGCUUAAGUAGAGCUGAGGCCAGACGGGAUGCAGCAAAAGUGGCCCUAAUCAACUCCCUCUUCAAUGAGCUGCCCUCUCGAAGGAUCACUAAGGAAUUCAUUGUGGAAAGUGUGCAGGAAGCAGUCGCCUCCACCAGUGGCACUUUGGAUGAUGCAGAUGACCCCAGCACCAGCAUUGGAGCCUACCACUACAUGUUGGAGUCAAACAUGGGGAAGACCAUGCUGGAGUUUCAGGAGCUGAUGACCAUUUUCCAACUAUUGCACUGGAAUGGAAGCUUAAAAGCCCUUCGUGAAACAAAGUGUUCCCGACAGGAAGUCAUCUCCUACUAUUCCCAGUAUUCCCUAGAUGAAAAGAUGCGCAGUCACAUGGCCCUGGACUGGAUCAUGAAGGAGAAGGAGUCGCCAGGAAUCCUCUCUCAAGAGCUACGGAUGGCCCUGAGGGAGUUGGAGGAAGCCAGGAAAGCGGGACAAGAACUGCGGUUUUACAAAGAAAAGAAAGAAAUCCUUAGUUUAGCCCUGACUCAAAUCUACAGUGAUCUUGACACCUCCUCACCCAGUGAUGAUCAGCUGAGCCUAACGGCCCUUUGUGGUUACCACUAGCAAGGCCAAGUCCCGGCUGCCCCAAGGUUGGCAGAGGCCAGACUAACAUUAGGAAGCUCAGUGAACGAGGUCCAUCCCAGGCUUUAGCAGCUACAGCCACUACCUGGAGGCUGUACUAAUUCUUCCCAUCCAUGCCAUUCACAGAAUUUGAGAGUAGUAGGACCCUUACAGGACCCAACAUCCCACUUGAUGCAAUUUUCCCAUUAUGCUUUCAAGAGUUCUGCCUCUUACUGAAAGGAUGGAGAAAAGAUUGUUGGAAAAAUAUUUUCCCGGUUUGGCUUCAGCCUAAAGCCCUGUUAACAUGUGCCUUGCUAGAUUCUAUGUGUUGUUGUAAACAAUGGGCCAGUGUAGCAUCCCCCAAAAGAACAUCAGCCAGCAUUGGAGAAAAAGGAGCAUGAUAGCAAUUUUUAAAAAA